UGCAAGAACAUAUUCUGCCUAGCCCAAUAUCAUAUUAAUGGGUCCCGCCAUCUUCAUUCUCCAAUCCCCUAGCUUAGCGUAUCCGUAGUGUCACCAAAAUGGCAGGUCCACAUACUUUCUGUCCAAAGUGAAAUGGAUCGUUCUCCUUGUGGUGUUUCACAUAUUCGCCAAUGUCACUCGACGUCACUAUGAACGGAAGAGGAUUGAAUUCGAUAGCAAGUCACGCGUACCCGGUCUUCCUUCUUUGUAGCUGUUUACUUUGCUAUAUAAAAGUCAGAAGGUAAUAGGAUUCCAAGAAGCGUCGAUCAUGGCCGUCAACUAUCUACCACCAGGACCUGUCUGCCUAUUCUACGCCAUUCUUCCCAUCGCCAUUCCAUGCGCCGCUUUUUGCAUUCUUCAGAAUGCAUUUGGUCUCAGUCUUCCGUUAUGGCAAUCCUUGGCCGUUCCUCUGUUCUUACAUCUCCUCUUUGGCCUAUCUCGCAGCUGGUUCAAGAACCUUGCCAUUCGCAGGGAGGCCGCUGCACAGGGUGCUCUCAUCGUGCCGAGCCUUCAGGAAAGCAGUAUCUCAAUCAUGCGACGUAUCGUGCAUAGUGUCAAGGAUGGAUACCCGGAUGAAGCAUUUCAUGAGUGGAGUGAGAAAUACGGAAGCACCUUCUCUUUCACCGUGUUUUCUGAUACACGUGUCAUUACAAUCGAGCCAGAGCAUGUCAAGGCUAUCCUGUCGACUCAGUUCCCAAAAUUUGAGAAAGGUUCCUUUUCCUUCACCGCUACACAGUCUCUGCUUGGCGAAGGCAUUUUCAAUGUAGACGGUGAUAUGUGGAAGUUUCAUCGGACAAUGACAAGACCUCUCUUCAACAAAAAUCGAAUUUCAGAUUUCGACAACUUCGAGAGACAUGCUGUCAGCACGAUAGCUCUGAUCAAAGCCAGACUGAGAGAGGGUUAUCCGGUCGAUUUUCAGGAUGUUGUCGCUCGCUUCACUCUGGACUCCGCCACCGACUACCUGUUUGGAAAAGACGUUAAUUCGAUAUCCGCAGGUCUUCCUUACCCAGCUGGAUCUGGCAAUGGUCGCUUCAUUGAUCACCCAUCAAAUGCUUUUGUGAAGGCGUUUGCGAAGGCACGGGAACAGAUUGUGGUUCGCUUCCACAGAGGGCCGUUCUGGCCACUUUGUGAAUUCUGGGCAGAUGAAGUAAAGCCACUGAGACAGGUCGUCAAUGAUUUCAUCCAGCCGACGCUCGUCGAAGCACUCGAUAGGAAGGCCAAAGGUGUCAAGCUUGGUAAGGAUUUCGAGAGCAUGUCUCUAUUAGACUGCCUUGUGGAAAGCACCGAUGAUAUGAAGCUCAUUCGAGAUGAACUUGUUAAUAUCUUGGCAGCUGGUAGAGAUUCGAUCGCAUGUCUGCUAACUUUCGCUGUGUAUAUGAUGUGUGAACAUCCAGACAUGGCUGUUCGCUUACGAUCGGAGAUUCUAGAAAAAGUUGGUACUCAGAGACCUUGCGAGGACAUCCGUGGAAUGCAAUACUUACGGGCAUUUCUCGAUGAGACCUUACGGCUGUAUCCACCGGUCCCAGUAAACGCUCGUUCGUCGAAGGUUGCAACCACCAUUCCUAAUCAAGGGCGUGCACCGUACUAUGUUCCAAAGGACACAGGGGUAAUAAAUUCUGUUUUCUUGAUGCAUCGCCGAACGGACUUGUGGGGACCGGACGCUCUUGAGUUUGACCCUGACCGAUUUCUUGAUGGCCGCCUGCACAAGUAUCUAACACCUAAUCCGUACAUAUUUGUUCCCUUCGGCGCAGGCCAGAGGACCUGCCUUGGUCAACAGUUUGCCUACAAUGAAGCAUCAUACUACCUCAUUCGACUACUGCAAAAAUUUUCUUCUUUCAGUCUAGCCUUAGACGUUCAGCCUGCUGAGGGUAUCCCGCCAAAGACUUGGACCAGAGCUCCGGGGACGACCAAAGGUAGGGAUAAAAUCAUGCUCGGGACGCAUGUGUUGCUGUAUGCCAAGGGUGGUCUGUGGGUUAGGAUGGAAGAAGCGAAGGACGAGACUACGAUGUAACUACUACCGACUGAAUGUCUCUGUUCUGUACGAUAAGUUUAUGCACGAAUGUCUCAGAUUCGGGAAAACGUUUGUGCAAAGAAUUGGUUUGGAUGAUGAAAUCGUC